AUGGGAGAAAAACGAAUAGAUAAAUACGUGUUCAAUACUAAGAAUAAAGUUGGAGAAGGAUCUUAUGCAACAGUAUAUAAAGGAUUAAAUGAAAAAACUGGAGAGAAAGUGGCUAUAAAAAUGUUGAGUAAAUCUGUCAUAAAUGCGUAAUUGUAAUAAAGUGAAUAGAUAGAGAUGAUUAUUUAAGAGAAGGAUUGAUUUAAGAAAUAAAAAUAAUGUAGAAGUUAAAGAGUCCAAAUAUUGUAUAGCUAUUCGAUGUAAUGGAAACAUAAAAUAAUUAUUAUAUUGUUUAAGAAUUUUGUGAUGGUGGAGAUUUUGAUGAGUAAAAUAUAAUGUCCAAUAUAAUAAGAUUAUUAAAGAAACGCAAAAUCUUGAGCGAGAAAGAAGCAAUAAAAUUUUUGAUAGAUAUUUUAAAUGGUUUCACUUAAUUGAUUAAAAAUGGAAUUACACAUAGAGAUUUAAAACCUGCAAAUAUUUUAAUUGAUAAGGCUGUAUUUCAAUAAAAUUAUAAAAUUCUAUUAGACAUUUAAAUUGGCAGAUUUUGGUUUUGCCAAAUGUGUUGAUAAUUUUAAAAAGGACAUGAUGUCAUCAAUGGUUGGAACACCUUUGUAUAUGAGUCCAUAAAUAUUGGAUCAUAAGAGAUACAAUUCUAAAACUGAUAUUUGGAGUAUAGGAUUCAUCUUCUAUGAGGCUUUAUUUGGCAAGAGUAUUUAAUUUAAUUUUAUAUACAGCUCCUUGGACAGCUAGAUCUCCUGCUGAAUUAUUAAAAAACAUUAAAAAUUAACCAUUAAAGUUUCCUAUUGAUAAAAUUCCAGUAUCUUAAGAAACAUAAGAUUUAAUUAUUGGAUGUCUAUAAUCAGAUGAAAAUAAACGAUUUUCUUGGGAAGAUAUAUACAAACAUCCUGCUAUUUCUUAACAUUUUUCUGAAUUCUUGAAGAGCAAUUCUAAACUUGAAGAUAAAGCCUAAUAUUUAAUAAACGAUAUAAGGUUGAUGAUUAUUAAAGAAAAAUUAGAUAUAACUAAAUUAUUUGCUGAAUUAGAUAUGUCUAAAGAUAAGGCAUUAGAUUUGAAUGAAUUAGGUAGAUUUCUAACUAGAGUUGAUAAAGAUAUAUAAAGAGAAGAAAUAGAAUACAUUUUUAAUAAAUUUGAUGAAGAUGGAAGUAAUUCAAUAGAAUUUGAAGAAUUCUAAAAAUGGUUGGAAGAUAAUUCUAUUCAUGUUCAUUAAAAUCAAUCAAAUAGAGAAUAACAAAAAAAACAAUCUAUUCUUACUAAAAAAAAUAUUGUAGAAAGAGCAAAUUAAGUUAUUGAAAAGUUAAAACUUGCAAUUAACAAAUAUAAUAUCUAAUUAAUUGAUUUAUUUAAAAAGGUAAUUAUACUAUUUUUUAUUUAUUAUCAUAGUUUGACAAAUCUGCAGAUUUAAAAUUAGAUAUUAAAGAAAUGGGAAUGAUGUUAAAGAAAAUUGAAUCAAAUAUCACUGAGGAUGAAACACAAACAGUUUUUGACUAUUUUGAUAUUAAUAAAGAUGGAGAAAUAACAUUUUAAGAAUUUUAGACAUCUUUAUAAGAAUGUAUUAUUCGUAAAAAAUGA